UUGUCUUCUCCGUUUACAAAUUCGAUCUAUCCAUCCUCCCUUCUUGAAUUAUUCUUUCCUGACGAAUCCUCUGUCUCUUUUUGUUUAUUGUUUCUUACGCCCAAUCCCCCUGCGACCCGACCACCAUGAGAGAAAUCAUCAGUUUGAACGUCGGCCAGGCUGGUUGCCAGAUCGCCAACUCCUGCUGGGAGCUCUACUGCCUUGAGCACGGUAUUCAGCCCGAUGGUUACCUGACUGAGGAACGCAAAGCCGCCGAUCCGGAUACCGGGUUCAGCACUUUCUUCUCUGAGACCGGCCAGGGCAAGUAUGUCCCCCGUACCAUCUACUGCGAUCUCGAGCCCAAUGUCGUCGACGAGGUCCGCACCGGCACCUACCGCAGCCUGUUCCACCCCGAACAGAUGAUCACCGGCAAGGAGGAUGCCUCGAACAACUAUGCCCGUGGUCACUACACCGUCGGCAAGGAGAUGAUCGACCAGGUCCUCGACAAGGUCCGCCGUGUCGCCGAUAACUGCUCGGGUCUCCAGGGCUUCCUCGUCUUCCACUCCUUUGGCGGUGGUACCGGUUCCGGCUUCGGCGCCCUGCUCAUGGAGCGCCUCUCGGUCGACUAUGGAAAGAAGUCCAAGCUCGAGUUCUGCGUGUACCCGGCCCCCCAGAACGGCACCUCGGUCGUCGAGCCCUACAACUCCAUCCUCACGACCCACACCACCCUCGAGCACUCCGACUGCAGCUUCAUGGUCGACAACGAGGCCAUCUAUGACAUCUGCCGCCGCAACCUCGGCAUCGAGCGCCCCGGCUACGAGAACCUGAACCGCCUCAUCGCCCAGGUGGUCUCCUCCAUCACGGCCUCCCUCCGCUUCGAUGGCUCCCUCAACGUCGACCUGAACGAGUUCCAGACCAACCUGGUCCCCUACCCGCGCAUCCACUUCCCCCUGGUCGCCUACGCCCCCGUCGUCUCCCAGGCCAAGUCCGCCCACGAGGCCAACUCGGUCAGCGAGAUCACCAUGUCCUGCUUCGAGCCCCACAACCAGAUGGUCAAGUGUGACCCCCGCAACGGCAAGUACAUGGCCACCUGCCUGCUCUACCGCGGUGCGGUCGUCCCCCAGGAGGCCCACGCUGCCGUCGCCCAGCUCAAGACCAAGCGCACCGUCCAUUUCGUCGACUGGUGCCCGACCGGCUUCAAGAUCGGUAUCUGCUACCAGCCCCCCCAGAUGGUCCCCAACGGCGACCUCGCCAAGGUUGACCGCGCCGUGUGCAUGCUCUCCAACACCACCGCCAUCGCCGAGGCCUGGUCCGCUCUCGACCACAAGUUCGACCUCAUGUACUCCAAGCGUGCUUUCGUUCACUGGUAUGUUGGUGAGGGUAUGGAGGAGGGUGAAUUCUCCGAGGCCCGUGAGGAUCUUGCCGCUCUGGAGCGCGACUACGAGGAGGUCGCCAGCGACUCGGUCGAGGACGAGGAGGAGAUGGGCGAGUACUAAGCGUGUGGUGGCGGCGUGCAGUCAAGUAAGUGUAUUCUGGGGGGGUUGGGGGGGGUUCGUAUAUGUUGCCUUGGAGACGAGGCGAAUGGAAAAUGUUACGAGUGACCCUGGUCCUGUUGCAAAUAGAUGAGAUUGGGUUAGCACUGCCUAUAAUCCUUUUGUGAUAUAUUUUUUUUUAAUAUUGUUAAAGCGUG